AUGGGCAUGCGUGCUAGGAAAGUCUGUCAUCAGCUGUACCGUGCCCGCACGAGAAUGGUAGACCACCACGGGUACGACCCAGCUCGGCUGUAUAUAAGUCGGAUCUGGACCGAACGUGGUCCUAGGGUCAUGAGUAUACACCAACAGAGGGCUGGGUACUACUUUCGGAAGAAGAAGCUCCAGAAUAUGAUGCAGUUGGUUGUCCGUGAGAUGCCGAUGAACGAGUACUUCCAUAAAGUAUACAUAAUGAAGGAAGUGCCGAGAUCUGUUACUCUGGAUAUGCGGAUGGCACUGAGGGACGGCAGAGCCCCUAGGUCCUACGAGAGGGAAUGGGCACCGUACGAUGGGCUAUUACUCCUACCCUUAUUCGUAUGUGAUGUACCACACUUCGAUAUAUGCUCCAACAUCGUCCGUACCACACGUUCGACACUUCCUAGGUACAUUACGGCUGAGUCCAGGAUCUGGCAUCGACGCGGCAUGCAGUUCGAGGACCACAUGCGGAGGUUCGAUUACUACCAGACGAGACGGGAGUGGAUCGAUAAGUACGCCAGUAGCUUCCACCGAGAUGAGCAGGAGGCCCGAGAGGCCCGCGGUCUGCCACCAUUGGCCCCGACGGAGCUGUACUGA